AUGUCGGCACCAAGAGACACGAAGCGCAUCCAUGUUGCCAUAAUUGGGGGUGGCAUCACGGGGGUUAUAUUAGCAUUGGGUCUACAGAAACGAGGUGUUGACUACGUGCUUUAUGAUAGAGCUUCAGCGUUCACAGAGAUUGGAGCCGGUAUCGGCUUCAGUCCUAACGCAGAGCGUGCUUUAACAGUCGUUGACCCUGAGGUACACCGCAUCUACAAGCAAGUCACACCACCAACCAAAGGCGAGGAAUAUUUUCAGUGGAUUGACGGCAAAACGAAUGAGUUCGCAGCAAGGCUAUUGAUCGGUGUCGACUGUUUUCAGGGAGGUCGACGUUUCGACUUCCUAGAGGCAUGGUCUAACUUAGUUGACAAACAUAGGGUCAAGUUUGGGAAGUCGAUAGUGUCGGCUACCCAAAACGAUAACGGGGAGGUAUCGUUGAAAUUCGGAGAUGGAACUAUCGAGAAAGCUGACAUCGUUAUUGGUUGCGAUGGCAUCCAUUCACGGGUCCGCCAACUCAUAUUGGGGGAAGAAAAUCCUGCAUCAUAUCCCUCAUAUACAAAUAAAUAUUGUUUCCGGGCUCUGGUUCCUAUGGACAAGGCCCGGGCAGUGUUGGGGGAGGAGAGGACUACAGGCGGAGCGAGCUCAUUGAAUAGGCUCAUGUAUAACGGUCCAGGAGCGCAUGUUAUUAACUACCCCGUUGCAAAAGGACAGUUCAUGAAUAUAUUGCUCGUCAUGACUGACCCAAACCCUUGGCGUACUAGCGACGGAAAACACACGGCUCUAGGAGAUAAGGCGGACGCUAUUCGCGCAUAUGCGGACUGGCAUCCAUCUGUGAAAGCAAUAAUAGACCUGCUACCCGACGAAUUGCAGAAGUGGGCUAUCUUUGACAUGUUUGAGCAUCCAGCACCACGCUACAAUCUCGGCUGUAUAGCUAUUGCAGGGGAUGCUGCUCAUGCCGCUGGUCCUCAUCUCGGCUCUGGUGCUGGCUUCGGAAUAGAGGAUUCCUUAGUUCUAGCAAGCCUGCUUGAAGCCGUCAACACAAAGCUUGAGGGCCAGACCAACAAGACAAAGGCCGAGCUAUGCCAUGCUUCCCUCGUUGCAUAUAACAAUGCUAGAUAUGAUCGUACUCAGUGGCUCGUCGGCGCUACCCGGGAGGCUUGUGCGUUGUUUCACUGGCAAGACGAGAACGUAGGCGACGACUUUGGAAAGUUCCUCCCCGAAAUAAGCAAACGUUUUCAUAAAAUAUGGGAUAACGAUAUUAUCGAGAUGGUCAGAGAAGCACUAGUGGAAUUUGAUCAAACGUUAGAUGAGAAGCCAAAUGGGAAAACAUUGCUCCCCAACUGA